GCGUCGGCCGCCCUCAGUGUCGCGGAGGCUGCGGCCGGUUGCGUCGCCCGCCCUGUGCUACGCUGCCGCCCUGCCAAAACAUUGUUUCAUUCCACACAUAAAUUAAUCAGAGCUUGAUUUGUUUUGAUAUUUGCUCAACUUAAUGUAUGCGAAUUUAUCACGUUUUGGUUUAAUUGUAAGGAAAGAUUUAUUUACUGAAUAAACCGGGACGUUGGUCGAAAUUAUUAUAUUUAAAUGUUGUGGUAAUGUAACAUAAGAUUAAACUGUUUAUCUUUCUCGUGAAUUUGUUGUGAAAGCAUUUGUUUUCCCCCACAUAUUAGUAUUAUCAUUUCUGCGUUCUUACGUCUCCCCGACUAUUCACGAGCUACAAAUACAGUGGUUGUGCCAAAUACAUUUAGAAUAGAUAUUAAGUUUGAUAAACUGUAAACAACAGUAACAAGGAUGAAAGUGAGCAGUAUGGCCGGCUACAGAACACCACACUCUUUGUUAAUGGCCACCGCGCUAAUCUUGUCAUUAGCCGGCGCCUGUUACUGUGACCACACUUUAUCUCCUCAAGACGAGAUUAAAACAGCAUCCACUUCUCAAGCCCCAGUGACUUCACCACUUAAAAAGCUUUACACGAAACCAUUAGUGACUACAGUGGCCUCGACUGCUGCAUCUUCAACUACAAAGAAUAGCUUAAAAACAACAAAAGCGUUCGUGGCGACGGAGAGCCCGGCUACCGCGCGCCAUUCAACUACUAAAGUGUACACAAGCACAAAGGAGGUAGUGAAAAGUGCAAGAAGGCAAAAGUUAAACACUAGUUCUAGUGCACUCGGCGCGGCGCAUUCACCAGCGCGCCUACAAGAGCGGCUGGGGGCGAUAGAUUGCGAUCUGCCCGUGCUGCCGCGGGAGUCACGCCUCUGGCGCGGCAACGAGACACAUGAACUCAAUCUGCCGGUCACUGAGUGCGCAGGGAGUGGUGGCGGGGGAGCCGCGCCGGGUGCGCCCGAAGAGGAGUGCCCCCCGGUCAUCGUGUCGUGGGAGGGCUCUGCCGACAUACAGAGCGGAGACAUCCUUAUCGUCCGCAUCGCGGACUCCUUACUACUCGACACCUUCGGUCAAGUCGACGCCAAGAACGGCACUUCUGAAACGAAUGUUUCUCAUGGUGAUGGGGAAAGGGUACAUCGCACGCUGCUGCAGCCAGCCGUGUACCAAGUGACACGGCAAGGCCAUGAGCAUUGCGAUGUCUCUGACGGAAUGUUACUGGACAUUACUCCACUAGACGAGCGUGGUGCGAAACUCUUCACACUCUACGACAAGGAUCUAACAGAAGGCGUAAAUUUACUGAUAGUUGUGUCUGAAAAUUGGAAGUCUCAAUGUGUUCGACUAAAAGUAACCGUGAAGUCGGACAACUGCGGCGAGUCUGAAGACUGCUCAGGGAAGGGUGUGUGUUACACUAACGUUUCAAUGGAAGGGUACGAGUGUCAGUGCUGUCCAGGGUACGUGGGCCCGCACUGCGAGGAGCGGGACGCGUGCAAUCCGUCACCUUGUCUCAAUAACGGCAUCUGUGUCGACCUCACACAACCUCUCAACGGCGCCAACUACCGUUGUCUCUGUCCUUAUGGUUUUACUGGCAGAAAAUGUGAGCGGGACCCGUGCUACUCAUCGCCAUGUUUAAACGGUGGCUCCUGUAUGAGUAUGGCGAUGAAUGGGUCGACAACUUUCCACUGCGCGUGCGCAGACGGCUGGACAGGCGCGCACUGCGAGCUUUCUAUAUCCGGAGGCGCCUGCAUGUCCAAUCCUUGCGUGAAGGGUAUCUGUAUCGAGCAAACCGAUAACGACGUCGAGGGACAAGAUUAUCGCUGUUUCUGUCAACCUGGAUACACGGGUGAGCGCUGUGAAUUGGAGUACAACGAAUGUGAGUCGUCCCCGUGUGCCAAUGGGGGCACCUGCACCGACCGCGUCGGCGGCUUCGCGUGCUCGUGUGGUCGCGGCUACACCGGCAACACGUGUCAGCUCAAGGUGGACCUGUGUUCCCCAAGUCCGUGCCCUUCUCAUCGGAUCUGCCUGGACCGCGGCAAUAGCUACGCUUGCGAGUGUCCUCUCGGUUUUGUUGGCGAUGAGUGUCAUAUCCCUACCAGAUCUGCUUGUGACAACAACCCCUGUGCACAUGGCGGUACAUGUUGGAGCGGGAUUGAAUCCUUCUACUGCUCUUGUCGGCCCGGCUAUACAGGAAAACUCUGUGAAGAGGACUUCAUACUGGAAUCAGUGGUAGGCAGCGAGAGUGGUAUGGACGUAGAGCCUCGUAGAGGAAGGCUUGAGAACAGCGGAGGAGGCUCUGUCCGCGAGGUUCGGAUGCCACUGGGACUGUACCACGACAGGCUACAUAACGUGUACAUUGCCGCCGGUACACUCGGAGCAGCCAUUGCUAUCGUUGGAGUUGUGGUGACGGCUUGCCACUGCCGGGUGAACAAGACGUAUUCCCGGCUGUUGUCUCGCCUGUCCCGGGUCACGGAGCCCGGCCCACCGCAUCACUGGCUGCAAGACAAGCGCGCCCCUCCUGCUGCAGCGCCCUUCCCGCCACCUUCCAACACCCUCGACACCACCGACAUGUACUACACCCUCGACUUCAGCGACAGUCAGAGCUCUCCUCUCAUUCAAUAGCAAUCAUUCCAGAACUGCUCCGAGGGGGAACGGUUCAAAAUACAAAUCUAAGAAGUAAAGGAGGCCAGCGUCAUUCCAUCUUAGUACGCUUGGAGUGCAAGUAACGGUACAGCGAGUUACUUCAAAUGUUUCAACAUUAAUUUGGACAAUUAAGCAGAAUGCAUCGCAUUUAAUGUGCCAUUAUAGAAAGUAAAAUAUUUAUUUUGUUUUGGAAUGUGAAAGUGUUAGCAAUUAUCGAUCAAUUUCAAUAAACAAAGUUUUACGCCAAAGUGUAAUAAUGGCGUCUGAGAUGGGAUAACUAUCAAUAACGUAGAGCCAUUAACUUUGUGGCUUAGUGACGCAAAUAUACGUACGAAUAAUUUAUGAUUAUAGCUGUAGUAAAUUAUGUAGUGUCCCGCUGCUCGUAGGAAAAUACAAGAUUACAAUAAUUUACUUGAUUUUUAGUAACAUCGUGUGUUUUUUGUUAUUAUUAUUGAUACACACAUAAUUUAGAUCAUAAUUUUAACCGAUAUAAUUGUGUAUUUUAUUAAAGUUAUACUUGGUGGGUUUUGAUAGUUAUACUUUUUAGAUAGACGGUAUGAUAUUUCGUAAUAAAGCUAGGCUUCGACUUGUAUAGAAAUACGUUUGGCUCGUAUAGCUGUAAUCAUUCGUAGUUGUUAUUUAAGUGGACGUGAUUUUAUUGAAAAUAUUAAGCAAUUAUUGUAUUAACGUUCUAGACUUUUAUAAUCAGGCUUCUGUAGGAAAGGAACCGACGUAUUAUAGCAACAUAAUAAUAUGUUUAUUAAUUUUCUGAAAUAAUUUUCUAUUUGGUAUAGAGGCGAUAAACAUAGCUUGCGGUUUAUUAAUUAGUUUAGCAGUGAUUUGUAUUGUUUAAUAAUAAUGAUAUGUUUUUGUAACAUAAGGAAUAUACAAUGGGUUUUUCGUAUUCACACUAAGUGCCUGGUGGAAUGUUGGGAGACGCUUUACAUUAUAACUUGAGUUUCCAACCCUUCUUCAUAACUGAAAUAGAAACAAUAUUAUGGAGCGUGUCCUUUAAAGAAUAAAGUUCAGAUUUGAUUGUAAAAGUUACAAAUAUUCGACUGAUCUUCAGAUUAGAUCUUUCUCUAAACUUUACUCUCGCUUGCUUUUCAUGUCUGUGUGUUCUGUUUUAUGCCUACAAGCGUUUCUUGACUUCAUGCUAUAAACUUUGGAAAUGUAAGUCUCUCAUAUUAAAGAAAAAAAAUCUGCUAAGUAAAUAAAGAGCUAGAAACGCUAUUUUAAUAAUAUCUAUUGCUGUAAUUGUCUGGUUAUUAUUACAAGUACAGUUAGCCAAAUUAUUUGGUAGGCAGGUAAGGAAAUGAAGAUUGAUUCCAUAGGCUUUGGGUACUAUCUGGCACUGCUGGUAUUGCAUAUCAAACAACUUGGUUAACUGUACUUUACAGAUAAUUAUAGAGACGCAUCUAGUCUUACUUCAAGUCUUUGUCUUGACGCUUUCGUGAACUUUGAAGCUUUUAAAUGUACAGAAUAUUAAAACUAACAAUUGUUAACGUAAAGUAAUAAGAUCAAUUAAAAGUAACUAUGAAGUUGCAA